AAAAGAUUAAGAAUGGAGGAGAGCACAAUAGAUUGGGAUAAGGUGACAGCAAUGGACAAGUAAGAUAUUUGAUAUCAUUCAAGUGAGACCCUUCUUCAUUUCGCAAAUGACCUAUAUGAAGCUCUUCAUCUCGAAUAAGCUAAAUCUGCAUAUCAGGUGUACCUCAAAAGAAACCCCAAAAACAUUGAAGCAUUAGAUCAAUACACGGAUUGUUUGGAAUAGAUGGGUCUAGUGGAGGAACUGUAACAAGCACUCACUCCAUACUUAAAUUAAUAAGACUUAAUCACGUACGUCCACAAAUUAAAUUAACUAGUUCGUAUGAACAUUGUUACAAAUUAUUGUUUAAAUAUGCGCAGACUCAAUAAGGAAAGCAGGCCAUUUAGAUAUAUGAGUAUGGAAUUUAGCUGGCCUUACAGAGGAAUGCAUCUAAGAGGGAUAUAGGCGAUGCUUUUGCUGCCAUAGCUGAAGUUUAUUAAACUGAUUUAUUAUAAUUCAAAGAAUCAGAAUAAACUUGUAUCGAUGCAAUAAAUAAUGCUUUCAAAUAUGAUCCUUUGAAUUUAGAUGCAUUUCUACAAUUGGCUAAUUUUCAUCUCAAUAAAGAAGAUGAAGAGGCUGCCAAAAAAGACUUAAGAGUUAUAUAUGAAAAGCUGGAGGUCGAGAUGGAAGAAUAUGAUGAGGACUUUAUAUUACAAGUUGGUAAAUUAUUAGUGGAAGUGGAACUAUUUGACUAAUCAAUUAAAAUAUUGAGAAUGCUAGUAGAUAGAAAUGCUGAAGAUCCAGAAAGUUUAUAUAUGUUGGCUUUUGCAUUGUGGAAGGCCUAGAAAUAUGAGGAGAGCUAAAAAUUAGUGAAUGGAAUUCUUCAAUUGCCUGAUGCUAAGGAAGAUUAAGUAUAUGAUAAUAAUUAAUAAAAUAAGGAAAUUUGGACAGCUACAUUAGAAUUAAAGGAUCAAUUGGAAAAAGAAACAUGGAUGGAUGUUGAAGAUGAGGAACAAAAUGAAUUGUAAAAAUUGUAACAACUUGAAUGA